CGGGCGCCGCCGCCGCGCGGGGCCGUGGGUGGGGCGCGGCCGCCUCCGCCGCGGGGCCUGCGGGGCGCUCGGUCCCGCCAUGGGGCAGUGCCUGCCCUGCCUGGGGGACGCCGCCAAGGACGCGGUGGAGACGCCCGACCCGGAAAUAAAAAGAAGACAGCUAGCAGAAGCUGCUGAAAAGAGGCAGAUGGAGGCUUCCUCUCGAGGUAUUAAGAACGUUUACUCCGUAGAGCAGAAGAAAAAGAAACAGGAAGAAAUAGAAAAAAGAAUGGCAGCUUCACGUCCUGGAGGAGAAGGAGGGCUGAGAUGGCAGGUGGGAUAACGCGCGGGUUCCGAAGAGACGACGACUGACUUUGAUCGCCGAUAACUUGCCAGUUUCUGCAGCCAAAUGGCACUUACUCAUAACGUGGCUUUUUGCUGUUUACAUACGAAGACUCAGCAGUACUUUGCUGUUGUGGGACAACAUGUGGAAACAUUCAGUAAAAAUCCUAUGAACUAACUCUGAACACUAAAGUUUUGCCAAUUUCAUUUGUUUGUUCGUUUGUUCGUGCAUGUUUUAUUGCAUCCCUGUCAAAGGAAUGAGAUGAAUUUUCUCACCUGGAAGUGGCCUCCUUACCUGUAGUCAGUCAGUAUGUGUGUGCUCUCUGGUCAGUUCAUGUCUGUCUGUCUGUCUGCAUAUGACUGGCCUAGGCACAGCUCAGGUUCCCACGUGUUGGUUUUGAUGCUUAUUUCAAGCUCUUCAAUAAACUCUUUAAGUCCUCAUGUAGAAA